UCUUUACCCAUGUUUUAACUUGAAACAAAUGCAGUUAAUGUAGGCGCUAUUGUGAUAAAUGGUUUAAAAUUAAGUGUGCUUGCCUAACUGUACAUUGUUCUUGUUGUUUUACUCUAGACCAAAAAGUUAAUUAUUUUGAAAGUUAAAGCAUGGACUUCAGAAUCGCAUCAGUGAUCCUAAUUCUACACAUUUCAGGCUCUCUAACAUUGGACCAUCUCUCUGUGAGCUGUGAAAAUAUUUGUGCUCUGAGUGAAACCAAUGUGCAGUUGAAGUGCUCUUAUGACGACGCCAACAUCAAAUCUGUGUUCUGGUUCAGCGAGAAACAAAGAACAAACUGGAGAAAAAACAAUGAGCCUGAAGAUUUGACUUUAGACUCCGAUUACUCAGGACGGGUGAAAGAUGAGAUCUCAAGCAGCUAUUCAACGCUCACAAUAUCAGACGUGAGAGAGACAGACUCUGGAGAAUAUCAGCUCAUGUUCAUCAUGAAGGAUGGAGUUAAACAUCUCAGCUCAGCGGCCGUCAGUCUAACAGUCACAGACCUGCAGGUGAGGAUGAAUCCUGAAUCUACAGACCGGAGAGAUCAGAGAAUAGAACUGACCUGUGAGACUUCCUGUGAUUUGACGUCCAGUCCUCAGAAUUACUACUGGAAAAAAAAUGGACGAUAUAAAGAAGAUCUUAGUCAUUUUUCACCCGAAGCUGGCAUUUCUAAGAGUGGCUGCUGGGAUGUGACUUACUCCUCUAGAAGACCUGGUGACUUAAAGGAUCUGCGUGAGGAGCAUCAGUUUUCUGGUCGUGUGGAGUAUGUGGAGAACAAACUGAGAAUCAAAGAGCUCAAGAUCAGUGACUCUGGAGAAUAUCGAUUCAGGAUCAUCACUAACUUAAACCGAUACUCUGGAUCACCUGGAGUCAUUCUUACUGUGACAGGUAACUGA